AUGUCCUCCAAUCAUCCAAUCUACUCACUCGCCGAAUCAAGCACCUCAUGGCGAGUCAACAAUGGAGUUGACUCUUCUUUUCAUCCAUCCUGUUCAUCGACUUAUUCACCCUGGAAUGAUCAAGAGAUUGACACAGAGAAUCGAUUACCGUCAACAACUCGUGCAGGCCUUUCUCCUCCAUCAAAAUGGCCGCGAGCUUCCACUCCUCGUCGAAGUCUUUCAACAGCUUCUUUCAACUAUGCAUCUUCUUCCACUUUCAGCCUUCAUUCACCUCCAUUAGUUAAGUCAUCUCUCACCGUCCCAAUGCAAUCACCAUUGCAAAGAACCCCAACGAAUGGUGAAAAGGCUUCUCCAUCAAAUCUCCUCGUCACGCCAUCACCAUCUAGAUUGCGACGUAAUGUGAGACGAUCAGCUUCAGCAAUUGCUCGACCUUUAGUUCUUUCAAAUCGAUCUUUUGAUAUUGGAUUACGAGAAAUAAACUUUGACACUCACUCUUCUAUGGAUAAUUAUGAGAUGUGGGAAAAGGUGGAUUGUGAAGAAGAAAAUGGAGAAGAAGAAUUGCCGAUAGAAAUCCCGCGAGAUGAUGUAAUGUUAUCCGGUGGAUUGGCUGCAUCACAAGAAAAUAGUCCCGAUAAAACCCUUCCAUACACGAUUCACUUGGAGACACCGUCGAAAUCGCUCGAGAAUCAAGAUGAAAUGGAGAACGAAUAUUUCAAUUUGACUUCAUCUCCUUAUCUCUCCACUUAUUCCUCUCUUUCAUCAAUUCAUCGAAUCCCCGAAAUGCCCACUGGAUCUUUGGAAACUUCUGUCUUCGACAAUAUCCAACAUUUCUCGAAUCGUCGCCCGCUCAUUUUCAGCCCAGAAAGAACUCCGAUGACUCUCAAAAAGCCCAGAAGAAGUUUACCCGUUCUAAAAGAAAUGCAAAAGCCGAUCACUCAAUCGAUCCCUUCAAUUUCGAGAUCGCUUUCCGUUUGCACGGAAAUCCACUCAGCUCCAUCAGUCAUCAAUCAGUCAUUCUCUCCACAAAUUCUUGAACCAUUAGAACCAUUGGAGACAAAUCAAAUCCCGAUUCUUCUACUCGAACCGAUUAAACAAGAGAUCUCUCAUCAAAAUCCGUCAAUUCUUCAAAAACGUCACACAAUCUCAAGCACUCCUUUAACUACAAUAUCAAAAGGAAAAAGAAGAAGAGAGAUUGAAGAAGAUGGAGAGAAAACUGAAAGAUUCAUCACACCAAGGAAACCAUUGAAACCAUUCGCCCGUCGUUGGUUGAGAAUUGUUUACGGGACAACGAUUGCACAACGAGAAGUCACCGCAGCCGCGCAUGAAUUCCUUCGACACCGAAGAGAAAGUCAAGGAUCUAUCGGGGAAUCUUUCAAUGAAGAAAUAUGGGGAGAUUUGAUAGCAGAAAUCACAUUGUGUACACGAGGAACACUCACGAAUGAAUGGUACGAGAAAUUGAAAGAAAAAGUGAUCACACCACUUGCCAAUCUAAAAAUUGCUGUGAUUGUUGUGGAUUUUCAAAAUGAUUUCAUCAAUGGCUCGUUGAGUGUCAAGAUUGGAGAUGCUCAAGACAACCCUGAUGACGCGAUUCAACCAUUGAAUUCUGUGCUUUCAAAUGAGAAAAUCGAUAUUGUUGUGUAUACGUUGGAUUGGCAUCCGAGUAAUCAUAUCUCAUUUCUUGACCAUGCACGAGAUUCCGAUCGACGAUUAGCCGUGAAAGAUCAGCAAGAUUUGCACUUCUUCUCACAAGUGCAAUUUGAGCAACCGAAUACAUCACAGAUUCUUUAUCCAACUCACUGUGUCCAAGGAUCGUGGGGAGCUGAGCUAGAUUCUCGAUUAGAUAUUGUGAAUGGCUCACAUAUGGUUCGAAAAGGAACAGAUGUCUACGUUGAUUCCUAUUCGGCUUUCUUCGAUAAUGCAAAACUCGGAAAAACUCCGUUGGAAGAUUUGCUCAAAGACCAAAAUAUUACAGCCGUCCUUGCUUCAGGAUUAGCCUAUGAUAUUUGUGUGGCCUCUACGUUAUUGCACUCAUCCGAGCUUGGUUUCCUAUCGGCGAUAAUAACCGAUUGCAGCAAAGGACUAAACAAAGAUGGGAUCAAAAGGGCCGAUGAAAUGUUCAAAGAGAGAAACAUCGCAAGAUUGGACUCGAAAGAUGCGCAUUCAGUCAUUAACGGAGAGUACAGACCUGUGGAAUGGAUUCGACUAUUGCUAAACCAGAUAAAACAUCAAAAA